AUGGAUUCACUCUCAAAGAAAAUACAGAACUUGGGUAUCCACGAUAUACGUAACGCCGCAAGAUUCGCUCAGAAUGUCAUUGUACAAUAUGAACCGUAUCAAAUUGACGUUAGAAGAGCAACUAAUACUGACGCAUGGGGUCCAACUACCAAACAUCUGGAAAAAGUAAUGAGAAACAGAUUCCAAGUACCCAUGUAUCUAGUUACAGAAUAUAUCUUAAAGAGAUUGAUAGAUCAUAUUGCUACCAAACCAAAGAAUCUUUACGAAAAGGCACGUAAGGAAUACGUUAAUUAUGGCUCAGAGUGGAGAGUCGUACUCAAAUGUCUUACUGUCAUUGAAUAUCUAUUAUUGAAUGUCAAUGAUGGUGACGAAUUAAAUCAAAUCAAAAGUUGUCUACUGACUCAUAAGCAUAUUUUAACAAGAGAAGUAUUGAAUUUCAAGAUUAAAUUUUCAAAUGAUGGUAAGAUGGAAGUUCAUGAACGUAGCAUCAGAAAGAAAGGUGAAAAAAUUCUUCAAAUGUUAGAUGAUUCACGUUUUUUGAAACAAGAAAGAUUGGCAAAUAAGAAAAACUCAAUUAAAAUUCGACAGCAACAUGAAACGUAUAAUAAUAUGAACACUUACACAAAUAAUAAUGCCGUGGUUGUUGAUGACGAUGAUGAUGAUGAUGAUGAUGAUGAUGAUGAGUUCAGUAAUUACGAAAUGGGGUCUUCCAAUUCAUAUGCUUCCGAAAAUGGGAAUAGCCGUAGACAUAAUGCAUUAGAAGAACAAAGAAGGCAAAGAAGGGAAGUAUUAAGAGAAAGAAUCAAAAAUAGUGAAUUGGAAAGAAAGAAACAACAAAAGCAUGAAGAUCAAGAAGCUUCUAUACCUGAUCUCAUUGAUUUGGAUUUUAAUGAACCAUCACAAUCCAAAAUUGAUAACAAUGAUGAAGAUGAUGACGAAUUUGGAGAUUUCCAAAGCGAUUCUUCACCAAAUCCAGUUUCCACCACCCAACAAGCUAACAAUACUGCAUUAGACGAUUUAUUAGAUUUCGGCAACCAAAGCACAAAGACAUCCAGUAUUAUCGGUACUACUACCACUACAACAACAACAACAAAUAAAGAUAAAGAUGUCUUUGCUGAUCUAUUUAAUAAUUCAAAGUCCCUAAUAUGA